CUGGCUUAUUUCAUUCGGCACCGAGGAUCGGGAACUCGAGACCCGGCAGCCCAGCGAGUCGGUGGCUGGCAGGGUGCAGAAUCGCUAGAGAGCCGCUCCGGGGCUGCGGCUGCGCGGGCGCGGGGAUGAGCGGGCCAUGGAGCGGCCUCCGCGGGGCGCACGGAGCGGGUCGGUGCUGCGGAGGGAGAGCUGCCUGAGCCCGGGCUCCACGGGGCUUCGGGGCCUCGCGCGCCCUGGAGGAGUCCCUGUCGCUGCCUCGGGGAAGGACGCGAGCCCCGCGCGGCCGGCGCUGCAGCGGUCACCGCGCUGAGGCUCCCGGAGCCUACCGGCUCUGCGGCUCCGUGCGCUCUCCGGUCGCUCGCGGGCAUCUUGCCCGGCACUCGGCUGGCGCAGCGCGGCGAGGUCGGCUGUUGGAGUGGUGGACUGCGGGACUGGCCCGAAAGGCGUACGCGCGGGUGUUGGACUGGAGAUCCCGGCAGAAGCCGAACCCGGCGGACCUGAGCAGCCAUGCUUCCCGGGGUGGGCGUGUUCGGCACCAGCCUCACCGCCCGAGUCAUCAUCCCGCUGCUGAAAGACGAGGGCUUCGCGGUGAAGGCGCUGUGGGGCCGCACGCAGGAAGAAGCCGAGGAGCUGGCCAAGGAGAUGAACGUGCCUUUCUACACUAGCCGCAUCGACGAGGUGCUAUUGCACCAAGACGUGGACUUGGUGUGCAUCAACCUGCCGCCUCCACUUACCAGGCAGAUCGCUGUCAAAACCCUUGGCAUAGGCAAGAAUGUCAUCUGCGACCGCACCGCCACGCCACUGGAUGCCUUCCGCAUGAUGUCUGCUGCCCACUACUACCCCAAGCUCAUGAGCAUUAUGGGCAACGUGCUGCGCUUCCUGCCGGCCUUUGUGCGCAUGAAACAGCUGAUCGAGGAGGGCUAUGUGGGCGAGCUGUUGGUGUGUGAGGUGCAGGUGCACAGCGGCAGUCUGCUGGGCAAGAAAUACAACUGGAGUUGUGACGACUUGAUGGGAGGUGGUGGUUUGCACUCGGUGGGCACCUACAUCAUUGACCUACUCACCUUCCUCACGGGUCAGAAGGCUGUCAAGGUCCACGGGCUGCUAAAGACUUUUGUCAAGCAGACGGACCACAUCAAGGGCAUCCGUCAGAUCACCAGCGAUGACUUCUGCACCUUCCAGAUGGUGCUAGAGGGCGGGGUGUGUUGCACAGUGACCCUGAACUUCAAUGUGCCCGGAGAGUUCAAGCAGGACGUGACCGUGGUGGGCUCGGCCGGGCGCCUGCUGGCAGUGGGCACUGACCUAUAUGGGCAGCGCAAUAGUGCCCCCGAGCAGGAACUGCUGCUGCAGGAUGCCACGCCUGUGAGCAACUCCCUGCUGCCGGAGAAGGCCUUCAGCGACAUCCCCUCACCCUAUCUACGUGGCACCAUGAAGAUGAUGCAGGCGGUGCGCCAGGCCUUCCAGGACCAGGAUGACCGGCGCACGUGGGAUGGUAGGCCUCUUACCAUGGCUGCCACCUUUGACGACUGCCUGUACGCGCUAUGCGUGGUGGAUACUAUCAAGAGGUCCAGUCAGACUGGCGAGUGGCAGAACAUUGCUAUCAUGACCGAGGAGCCGGAGCUGAGCCCCGCCUAUCUGAUCAGCGAGGCCAUGCGCAGGGGCAGGAUGUCCCUCUACUGUUAGCACUGGGACUGGGGACUUGGAGGUCUUUUGUGUGGGGCCAGCUAGGGGCAAGUGCACUGGGGAGAGGGUGAUCAUGGGGAUUGUGGGAGUGGGGCAGGGGCGGCAUGAGCCCAUGGGCACCCGAGAGGGUGAUCUCCAACUUCAUAGGCCAAGCUCAUAUUCAGAGGGGCGUUCUAUCCUUUAGAUGGUCCCUGCUGGGUAUUUGCAUGGGAGGACGAAAGUUUAGGCAACACCUCUGCUGCCCGUUACUGUGAGAAGCAAGGAGGGGCAGCUCCCCUCCCUACCUCAUCCAUCCACAGGCCUUGGCCUUCUUUGCGAGUCAAGGUGCUGUAUCAGAUGGCAAGCUCAGCGCCCCCCACUGGCAGGAGUCUAAAUAAGCUUUUUGGUGUAGGGAGAGGAAGAGGUGAGUUGGACUGGUAAGAAAGUUCCAAUUCCAGGAAGCCACUUUGGGCUCUACCUUAAGGAUCUGAAGGAAAAUUGCUAGCAACAUAUACAGUUCCUUGAUUGUUCCUCCUCCUUGGAAGCAUUAAGUGAGUCUGUUGCCCCUCACCUGGUGUGGUGAGCGUCCUUAGUGGAGAGCAAAGCACUCUGCAUCCAGACAGGUGAGGCAGAACAUACACUGGAGUCUCUGAGCUGAUCAGUAACAGACAGGCACAAGGAGCCACUUCAAAGCACUCUUUUCAGUGGAACAAGUUAUGAAUAGGCUCUCUAGGCAUCACCAAGAAUGCCACACCUAGUGUGGACUAAAUAGCAAGUUUUUGUUCUGUCCUCCAGGAUUGGGGACCACUGCAGUGUGAGCCGCAGUGUGAACUCCCAAAAAGAGGAGAAAAUGACUCCAGUCCCAGAGUUGCUUUGGCACCAAUACCCAUAUUUCCUACCAAGAUGAGGAAAGGCAUUGAUGUGAUUCCUCGCUUUGUGUGUUUAAAAGGGGAAGCCUUCAUUUUCACUCACAUAGAGUCUUUAAGAAGAAUCAAGGCUCUUUUCCUUAUCUUUGGGCCUGGCUUCAGGGUUCUGACACCUGAAAACUUCUGAACAGGUAUUAAGUAAAACAGAAAGCCAGUAAGGAACACAAUUUUCAGUGUUUCUAAAAUGGGGAAUUAGAGCCCUCAAAGGGGUGUGCAUAGGUGAAGAAGACUAAUGUUGGAAAAAACCACCUUUUACUUCCUCUCCAGUCUCCCAUGUCUUUUCACCCUAUUUACAGAACUGAAAAAUGAAACUAGAGAUGGUCCACUUCAAGCUUACAGUGGGCAGAGACAAAGCGCAUCACACAGAGAGACACACAUUUAUAAAUGAGCUCUCCUCAGAUGUCACUAGAAAUAUUCUUUAGAAUUCAGGUCUGGUCUUGAAAGAAAGGUCAAGUUAUGUACAUUUCGAAAAUGGGGGAAUUGUCCUUUUUUGGUCAUUUCUGCUGACCUUCACCUGUCAUGUGGCAGUUCUGAGGCUGGAUAUGGAGACGCCUGUGUAAGUAGUCCGCAUAGCUUUUGUGCAGUCUCACUGAGUCCUGAUGAAUGUCUUUGGCCCUACAGCCCACCCCCAAGCCUCUGAAUAAGCAAUAUUUGAGAAGAGUCUGGCCAGUACUCCCCUAUGCUCCUCCCUGGUGACUCACAGGGACAGUCAUCCAUGUGCCCACAUACCAGGGAUAACCAUUUUCUAGUAUGAAGGAGCAGGUGUUGCUUUGCUAGAAAUCCAACUUCCCAGGGUCCUACUGCAGCAUGGUGUGUACAUAGGUGAAGAAGGCUAAUGGGGGAAGGGGGGGAUCUUUCACUUUUCAGUUGAAACUAUAAAACAUCUUUUACUAUCAGUCAACUGAAACUCCCCAAGGCUCCCAAUUGGUUGAUAUCCCUCAUGCCAGCAUUCCAGGCUUACAUCUAUCAGAUCAAAAUGGGAGAUUUAGUGGACUGGGUGUCUCCCAGGACUCUUUUGUUCACAGGGCCAUGUCAUAGACUCUUGUCACUCUUGUACUCCUAAAUUGCCCUCUAGGGAAGAGAAAGAAACAAAUUUUUUUUCUAGUUACCCUGAAAGUCUGUGUUUAAGGAUGUAGUGGGUAGGGUAGGGGGCAGGAUAGAAUGAACCACAGGGUUCAUUUUUCUAAGUUACUUAUACUCUAAGUAGAAAUUCUUGAGGCUCAAUUUUUUGUUUCUCUACUGAUUCUUGAGAUUCUCCCCUACAGAGGCCUCUGAGCUCUGUGAUAACAGGCAGGGUCUAAAACAAAAAUUCUCAUUUGAGGCUAGAGAAACCUAAAGACCUAGAAAGAAUACGUAUUCUUUAAAAAAAGCAUGUGCAAUAGUAAGUGUGCUCCGAUUUCAUCUCCUGCAAUGCAUGUAGUAGAGGUAGAGGAGGAAGAAAAGAUCGUUUUAAUGUAAAGACGGCAGCAGAUGAGUUUAAGAGAUUUCUUUAGUAUUCUGCAGCCCUAGGCUUUUCUUGAUUGCAAGUUCUUGAUUGGCAGCAGUGACACGAGGCUGAAAUCUCAAACAAUCAUUCUGCAAACUGGCUUUGAUCUAAGUCCUGGAAUAACCAGCCCCUUUCUAAUUUCUUUAACAUGGUUCAAGGCCAUUAUGUACUGGAGGCAGCAUGUUGGGUGUCCCCAUUAAGUUCCCCCUUGCCUGAUUUGUUGAUGUGUCCGCUACAGAAGUCCUGAAGUUCAGGAUCUCAGAGACUGUAGAUCAGGGUUUUUUAACCAAGUGUUUGAGAAUGCCCUGGGUUUAUGUGCAAAGUUCGGGGUCUAGGAGUUCUCCUCUGUGGCCACUGUGAGUUUCUCUAAGACUUCUCUCUCAGUGGUAAAGUUGCAUUGUGGGCUACCUCCAAAGCAGCUUAGCCUACCUGGCAGCAAGUCCCAUCGGGUCAGGUAUUGUCAGUGCUCUAGGUGUAGUGUCACCUGACUUACCCACUGUAUGCAUAAUAUUUUAAGUGCAUCAUCUCAUUCAAUCCAUAAAAUACAGUAUUGACUACUGUCAUUUCCUCUACGUAUAUAUGAAAAUAUAACAUACCCAAAGCACACAAUGAGUGAGCAAACUAGAGUUUGUGGUUUGUGCUUCUGCUGUUCUUGCCAGGAAAGGCAUACUCCCACCCCAAGGAGCAUCAUGGGAGGAGUGGGCUGAGACUGGGCAGCCCGCUUUCCUGUUGGGCAGGAUGCAAAAUUUGAUGUCCUGCCAGCUGGUUAUUAAAGCUGCAAACAGAAGUAGUCGAUUUUUCUUCCCCUUCCAAAAUGGAAAUAUCACUCAGCUUCUUUUAAGAUGGACUUUCAAAGUUGACUUUUUAAGUGACUCAGCAUCCUCAGUGUUACAGACUUUCAAAGCAUUGUUGGCUAUGAUAGAUGGCCUUGAAUUUUGCUGCCAGGAGUGUGACAUAGGAAGGCAUCUUUUCUCAGGGAGCAGGCUUUAGGGUUUUGUUUGGGACUAUGGGUUUUAGCUGUGCAUUUGUUCUCUCUCUCUCUCUCUCUCUCUCUCUCUCUCUCUCUCUCUCUCUCUCUCUUCAGCUAUUGAACUUGAUCUACAGUUAUACAUUAGGUUUCUGAUCUGAUCUCUGUCUGGUGGGCACUAGAGGAAAUCAGCUUUGAUAAUGAUAUCCUGGGGACAAAGUCAACCCAAUUGCAUUUGAAAGGCCUCUAGAGUGUGAACUAGUAGACCCCUUUUACAUCCCAGAGAAGAAAUUGAUGACCAAGGUCACCUACUUCUUUAGUGGUAGACCUAGGGUAGGAAGCCCAGUUUUGUGAUUCUCAGUUUUCUUCAGGGCUCCCAGAUGGGGAAAGGAGGCUCAUCUACGUGAGCCAUCUGCCUAGGUGGAGAAGUUGGAAUUAGAGCUUGGCCCUGCACUGGACAGUGUUCCCUGAGCUGUGAUGAAGCCUUUUCUUUUCCUUUUUUCUUUCUUUCUUUCUUUCUUUCUUCUUCUUCUUCUUCUUUUUUUUUUUUUUUUUAAGCAAACGGUUACCGGCUAUGUAAAAGACUGUGUGUGUGUGUAUGUUAGGGCUAGAACCCAGGGCUUUGUGCAUGGUAGGCAAGCUCUCUACCACUGAGCCACAUCUCUAGCCUCAAUUAUGUUUUGAAUGUAUUCCGAAAACUAGCUGUUUAAUAUUUUUCAUUGUGUCCAUAAUGGAUCUAUUAUCUUUAGUUUGUAUGUUAAUGGAAGCUGAGGGGCAUAAAUUCAGAUGUUCACCUUGGGGAUUUCUUAGGACCCACUCUACUACUGCCCCUUUGCCCCCUGCUGGGUACAAAUCUUGACUCUGACUAGUCUAGACUCUUGCCCCACCUGCUGGUGACCUCCUUUGUCAAACCCCCUGGAAUUUACAGGGCCGAAGUCAUGACAUUGGGGAACUUGUUGGAGAAAAACUAAACAACUGUUGGUACAUUGUAUUGAUUUCCUUUGGGUGAAGGAGGAGGGAAGGAAAGUUGUGUGUCUGCAGUGCGGCUCCAGAGUUGUCUCCAGCAGUGAUUGUGCUGUCCUGCUGGUCCACCCUGGUCAGCAGCUGGCAGAUGGGGCAUGCUGUGAGUUUCUGGAAACAGAUCAGAUGGGCGGGGGCUUCUAGAACUUGUCUGCAGAGGUGUUAAAAGCCCCCCUGUGCUUCUCCAAGAUCAUGGGCCUGUGGUUUCGGUGUUCAAAGGUCUGUGUGAUGUAAGGAGUAGAUGGCCUUCUCUCCCUGGCAUCAGAGUCCUUACUAGCUGGAGUCAUUGAGAAGGCCACCAAAGCCUCUGGCUCUCUUUCAGGCUUGCUGACAUACAGCACUCCUGAAUACUCUUGAAUCUGCUGCAACCCUUUGUUUACACGAGCAGUGAACAGAAUAAUAAAAAGAACAUGCUAGACACAAUGCUUGAUGCUUAGUGCGGCGAUCUAAGCUUGCCUGGACUGGUAGCACAGGGAGGCCAUAGGCAGUGGGGUCACCAUGUCACUGUCUCCUAAGCUCUGUCCAACUGUCUCCUGUUCCCUGUAGCCCACCACAAGGGCUAGGUUGUUCAGUGAGCCUCACAACGUCUCAUAAAUGCAAUGAUUUGUUUGUGAUGUGGAGUCGAAUCCCAGGUUAAGCACAUAACCUGACCUUGCUCCUUUAUUCUGCCCUGUCCCUUGUCCAGGGGAGGGAGAACUUUCUAGCAAUUAUGGCUUUUCUGUUUGUUGCCUGGUGCUUUUGUAGUACUUUGUUUUUUGUGUGUGGGUUUUUUUUUUUCUUAUUAUUUUGAAACCAAAAUUACAUUGGUUUAGCUGUCAUGUUCAAGUAUAUAUUUAUUGUGUUUUACAAACAUGGGUAUAUAUGUAUGUAUAUGUAUAAAACCAAACAUAUAUAAAAAGUCAAAGCAUGUAUACUAGAUAUUUUAAAGUUAUUUAUCAAGGGGGGAAAGAUGUAUGUUAUAAAGUAAACAGAGUCUAUAUUUUAUAUAUAAUGUAGAUAGGAAAAAUAGCUUAUAAAUUAUAGAAGGUUUUAGUUUUCAUUUUCUAUUAUUAAAGCAAAAGAAAGAAAAUAGUAAUAAAAAAAUGGCAAUGAUCACAACUGUGCUUAGUGUUUUCAAGGCUGAACUGCUAUGGCAUGGUAGAUUUCCUUCCUGCCCCACCUCCAGUAGUUCCGGUCUGCAGAUCCCGGCUACUGAGCAGAUGCCCACUGGUGCCUUUGUGAUGCUCUGGGUCUGGAUGUGUGGCUCCACCAAGGUGCGCAUGCCCAACUUGCUGCCCGUGCUGCUCAGAACAUAGCUUCUAGCUGUUCACAGUUUGCUUUGGUGGGAUAAGCAUUGGUGGGAGAGAGGAUGAACUCGGCAAAUAAAGAUUUCAAAGAA